AUGGGCUUUGAUCACGAUACCCAAGUCAGUCGUCGGUUAGGCGCUUCGAAAUCCCGGGCUGGGUGCAAAACCUGCAAGAUUCGAAGAGUGAAGUGCGACGAGAUCAAGCCAUGCUGUCGUCGCUGCUCGAGCACGGGACGACAUUGCCAAUAUGAGGGUGCAAGAUACCCCGCAGCUCCAUCCACGCCCUCGCCUACGGGACUAAUAUUAAGCCGCAACCUGUCACAGUCACCCAAUUCAGGACAACGAGAACGUCGUGCAUUUGAAUACUACUUUCAACACGCAGCUCAUUAUUUGUCUGGUGGCUUGGGGGUUAAUUUCUGGACACUGGUUGUUCCACAAAUUUGCCGCAGCGAGCCAGCUGUAUGGGAUGCUAUGAUUGCAAUAAGUGCCCUAUACGAAUAUCCAGAUCAGUGUUUGGACUUUCACUUUUUAAGAAAGCAAUAUGACCAAACACAGUCGAUGAACCGAAAUUCACGAGAGGCUUUAAACUGGUACUCACGCUCUAUGUCUAGUGUUCGUUCGCAGAUCGAACGUGGCAAUGCGGAUCCAUACAUUUCGCUGAUCAGCUGUGUGCUUUUUAUCUGCAUUGAGACGAUUCAAGGGCGUGUUGAAGAGGCACUACAACUAUACAGACAAGGUGUUCAACUGAUACUUGAUCUACGUGUUCAAGUUGCUCUUGAUCGAGUCUCCGUCUCCAAAGCUGCGCUCCUGGAACAUACCCUGAUCCCUCUUUUCUUACGUCUGGGCAACGUCUCUCUUACUGUCUCAGGCACCCAGCCAAGUGAACUGUAUCGGACUACUGAAAAGACGGUAAGCUCUAGCUUUUCGUCUGUUGACUCUGCAAGGGCUGCCAUCGUUCUGCUAUCUGCAGAAGCUAUGAUCUUUGAAGGGGAAUCAACCAUUUAUCUCAGAAGUGUUGAUGGAGACCAUGCUAUAAGCGCCGAUAUGAUUGAAAAGAAGAAGUCUCUUUCAGGCCGACUUUCUCGUUGGCUCGUUGGCUACACAAGUUUAUGUGACAGACUUCGCACAAAAUAUGCAAUCCCAACGGCAACGGAACCCAUUCUUCUGGCCUAUCAUGCUUCAGCCUCGAUCGUUGUUACGGGAUGCUUGACACAACUUCAAACUGUGUAUGAUGUUCAUUCUGCAGACUUUUCGCUUAUAAUUGAGCAAACAAGUCUAACUCUCAAUGCUUCAGCAGGGCCAGGUGGUUCCCAACCACCUUUUACCUUUGAAAUGGGAACUGGUAUACCAUUGGCUGUUACUGUGAUGAAAUGCCGCGAUCCAGUACUCCGUCGAAAGGCUUUGGCAUUACUGAAAAAGGCGCCUCCAGUGCAAGGAUUCUUCAAAUGCACCCCAGUAGCUCUGCUAGCAGAGAAUCUGAUGAAGCUGGAAGAGGGCUAUAGCCUGGACUCAAAAAAAGCGGCACAAUCUAGCUUGCCAAAUAUUUCCCCGGGUAGCAAUCAAUUUGCGAGUCUUGCAGUCUCGCAACACGAAGUUACCCCAAACAAUUCACCGUGUAUCCCGGAAGAAGCACGGAUAUCCGGAUAUGCUAUUUUCAAGCCUCGAAAUGGACUUCUUCCGGGUAUUAAAGAAGAACAUAUCACACGGUGGGGUCGCAGUUCCGAUCAUCUUUUUUUGCAAUUUACGAGAAAUCGUUUUGAUAAGGCUUCCGUCACAUGGAAAUCAUACUCCGAGUGCGUACCUUUGGGGUGA